AUGCCAUCCGCUGAAACGCCAAAGCGACGUCAUUCAGUUGGCUCACCCCUAAAGAAUCAGAGAGAUUUCACUGUUCCUUUAAAUGACGAUGCAUCAGAAAUACGUCAGCGAAGAAAAUCUUUGGUAGAUUCUGUACGAAGAUCUCUACUAUUCGCCUCUCCGUCUGCUGUAGCUUCAGGUUCUGAAAGCCAAAAUAUUCCUGGUAGCCAAAUGUCUACUCCUCAACGUGUAGGUACUCUGUCAAUAGAGCCUGCCACCCCUAUUCCAAAGAUACCCGUUGAACAAAUGUAUCUGAAUUUCGAAGAAUGGAUGAAAAUGGCCACUGAUAAUAAAAUUAACGCUAACAAUAGUUGGAAACUCGCACUAAUUGAUUAUUUUCAUGAAAUGAGUUUAUUGAAAGAAGGUGAUUCAAUAAAUUUUCAAAAGGCCUCUUGUACACUGGAUGGGUGUGUAAAAAUCUAUACAUCACGUGUUGAUUCUGUCGCCACUGAAACCGGAAAACUAUUGAGUGAGAAUAAUGAUGAAGAUAGCCCAUCAGAUGGUGAUGAUAAUGCUGAUCCUGAGAGACCUGCUCGUAAAAAAUCUUCAACCAGCACUACAACUUUAGUUAAAGACUAUUCUCAAUUAACUACAAAGAAAUUUGAUUUGGAGUUUUCUGUUGAUCCUCUUUUUAAAAAGACUUCGGCAGAUUUUGAUGAGGGAGGUGCUCAAGGGCUGUUGUUAAAUCAUUUGUCGAUUGAUGCCGAUGGAAAGAUCAUAUUUGAUGCAAGUGAUGCCACUUUAGAUGAAGUUGAUGAAAAUGAAAAUGAUGAAAGAGAUGCAAUGGAAGAAGAUUCUCCGGAACAAACCAUUGAUAUAUCUAAACUUCGUUCUAAAAUUUUUCCUGAACUUUCAAGGAUAUUCACUAAAGAUAUUUGUCCAUCAUUAAAAUCAUUUGAAUUUUCUGUCGACAUUGGAUUUCUUACACAUAGAGGAUCAGAUGAUAACGAUCAAGAAGAUCAAGCCAUUAUUGAUGAUAUAGACGGUGAUGAAAAUUAUCCGGAUUUCUUUGAUGAUAAUUUUUUAAGUGGAGAAGAGGGCGGUGGCGGUGAUGAUGACGGCAUAUCUGGAGUUUUUGAAGGAUUCGAUAAUGGUCCAAGAGAAAGAAUUACUGAAAAAGAUUAUGUUAUGGCCAUGGCUAAUAACACAAAUGAUACUUUUCAAUAUUUCGAUUCUGCAUUUUUACGUAAUUGGGCUGGUCCAGAACACUGGAAAUUAAAACGUGUUGUCAGAGGUGAUGUCAAUGGUGCGCCAAAAGAACGAAAAAAAAAGGAACCUUUUUCCAUCGAUUUUAUUGAUUCAGAAGACCUGAAUGAAAGAACUAUUUUUGCUUCCGCUGGGAAUUCGAUCGUUUUACCGAAAUUAGCUGAAAAUGUUCCGCAUGCUCAUCGACUUCCCGAUGAUAUUCAUUUUUCAUCAAAACAAUUGCUCCAGUUAUUCUUAAAACCUGGAUUCAUGUUGAAAGCAAGACGUAGAUACGAAGAACAACUUGCUGAAACUGAUGACGUUGAAGUAGAUGAAAAUUUUUGGGCCGAAGAAAAUAAUGAUCCUGUAACAAACACAUCCUUCCCGGAUAUGACAAUGGUAACUACAGGAGAUACAUUUUUGCACGAUGACGACGGAUUUGAGGAAGACAUUGUAGAAGGGGAAUUUGGUGAUAAUUUAGUAUCACAAGCGAGAAGAAAUAAACCGGAAUAUAUAAAAUAUGCCAAAACUGCUAAAAGAAUUGAUGUAAAAAAAUUAAAAGAAAACAUAUGGAAAACAUUGACUGACACUACGGAAAAUGGAUCUAAAACGUCGACUUUAAACAACCAACAACCUCCAUUUGACCAAUACUCGAUAGACUCGACACAGGAAGUUGAAGAACAAAAAUUUACUAGUGUUAUAAAGAAUUUAAAAAAGAUAUAUCCAGAGAAAAAAAUGAAAGAUAUAUCAGUGUCAUUUUGUUUUAUUUGUUUAUUACAUUUAGCGAACGAAAAAAAUCUAAAUAUAUCUGUGGAAAAUGAUAAUUUAUCAGAUUUAACGAUUCAACAAGAAAAAGAUAUAACCACAGAAAAACGAGGUGAAAAAAGGAAAAGUAUGUAA